GCCCCAGGAAGGCACCGGCGAGCGCCCAGGGCGGCCGGGCCCGAGGCGGCGGCCCCUGGUGGGGGUGGCAAUGGGUUUGGGGCAGCACAUGCAGCCGACCACGCGCUGCAGAGCAUAAUAGCGCGCAAGAAUGUGCCCACCUCAGUACUGGCUCAGAUCUUGGACACAAAGGAGAUGGCGGCAUGGUCUGGGACUGCGCGAAACAUGGCGCGCGCCACCGCUCCGCCCCGGCCGCAUUCUUUGCCCCGCGCCGCCCACGAAUGAGGAGAAGCGCGACGGCGCCGCGGAGCCUGCUCAGCCUGCCCGCCCGCCGGUUUUUUGGGGGGUGGCUUGUAGCUGCGCCCUGUUCGUUGCACAAGGCAGCCGGGCAGGUCUUGGCCCCCGCGCAUCUGCCCCAGCCCGAGUGCCUUUGUGCCUGCCCCGCCUGGCCUAUUGGUCAAGGCGCCGGCCCGGCGGCGGGACCCCCUAGGCGUGGGCCGGCCCUUUUACUUGCAUUGGCGGCGCGCUGGCGUCUGGACACGCUAUGGCGCUGCCCCUAGUGUGCCUUCUCGGCCCGGUUAUAGAGGCCACGCAGUUAGUAGUUUCCUUGCUUCCUUGUUCCGC